AUGCCCUUGUUCACCACAGUGCUUGAGGACACUUCUCCGAUGAUCAUCUAUUCGUCAGGAUGGGUAUCUGGGUCAUCCGCAGACUCUUCCGAGGAUCAAUAUUCAGAAGCCAGUUUUACUGUUAGCAUUGCCAAAGGCUCUACAAUGUCUAUCUCAUUUUACGGCACCUUCUUCGCCAUCAUAGGUGCAAAACGUAGCAAUCAUGGCCCUUACCACGCAACUGUCGACGGAGUCCUAUCUGAUACGUUCACUGGAAAGUCGAAUACCUCUGAGUUCAAUCAAACCUUGUACAGCUCGGAUACAUCUUUGGGAUCGCACAAUGUUGUUCUUUUUAAUGAUGACAACACAUUCAUUGACGUCGACUACGUGACAUUCCAAUCAUCAAUCGGAGAGGAUGACGACCCCCUUAUUGUUAAUACCUUUCAGGACACGCAUCCAGCGUUUGAUUAUUCACCCUCGUCUUCUUGGGGUAUCCCCAAUAAUGUAGGAUCAUUUUCUGGAGGCUCGGGCCACGGAGCAUCCGCUCCUGGAGCAGUACUUCAUUUCUCGUUUCAGGUAGGCUGGGUAUGCACCAGAGAUGCCGUUGCAUUAUAUGGGCCGGUCGGUCCUAACUCCACAAGUUACACCGUCAAAAUCGACGACCUUACCCCUCAAGUCUUGAAUGCCAAUAAACAGUUCUACCGCUCACAUCAGAUAUUGUUCUUUGCAGGAAACUUGGGGAAAGGAGAGCAUUCCUUGGAAUUGACUUUAAAUUCUCCUUCGUCAGGUCAAUUUGCGAUAGAUUUUGCCAACGUCUAUACGACGCCAUCAUUGGGAGGAACGUGA